UUUAUCAAAUGGUAUGUCUGGUGCUCCGGUAGGAGUAUAUGCAGCAGAAAUAAGUAUGCCCAAAAUACGUGGUCGGCUUAUAUUGGGCACAUCGAUUGCUGUAGCCUCUGGUAUUACAUUAAUUUAUUUAUUAGGAUUCUUCAUACGUCAUGACUGGCAAUUAAUUGCUUUGAUAUGUAGUGGUUAUCAAAUUGUUUCUUUACUCUGUGUUAUACCAAUGCCAGAAACUCCUAGUUGGUUGAUUUCUAAAGGACGUAUUGCAGAGGCAAAGGCAUCCAUGAAUUAUUUUAGAGGGUUGGAAAAGUCUGCUUUAAUUACAAAUACAGAAGUUGAAGUAGAAUUUAAUAUUUUAAAAAAUUCAAUACAAUUAGAUGUGGGAGGACAAAAUCCAUCAUUUUUCCGUUCAUUGAAAUUACCCGAGGUGUAUAAACCCUUACUAAUUCUAAUAACGUUUCUAGCUUUCCAACAGGCAACUGGUGUUUUAGUGAUAAUCGUUUAUGCAGUUCAAAUUUCAACAGAAGCUGGUGUCACAAUAGAUCCAGUUUUAUGUGCUGUACUUAUUGGAGUUACACGUGUAUUGAGUAUUUUACCAAUGGGAAUAAUUUUAGAAAAAUUAGGUCGAAGACGUUCUGGCAUAAUAUCAGCAAUAGGAAUGUGUUGCUGUAUGUUUCUUUUAGCUGCCCAAAGCUGGUGUGAGUGGUUAAACAAGGUGCCACUUCUGCCUGUCAUAACACUUGUAGGGUUUAUAAUGCUUAGCACACUCGGUUUAUAUACACUGCCAUUUUUUAUGAUCUCAGAACUAUUUCCACAACAAGUACGUGGUCCUGCUUCUGGAAUAACCGUAGCUGUGGGUUUAUUUUUGUCAUUUGUCUGUAUCAAAACUUAUCCAUUUAUGAAGGAAGCAAUUGGCAAUAAAUAUUGUUUUGUGGUUUAUGGUGUGAUGGCCUUUUUAGCUACAAUAUUUGUAUAUCUCUUUUUGCCAGAGACUCGAGGACGUACAUUGCUUGAAAUUGAAGAAGAUUUUCGCCGUAAAUGGUACGAAAAUCAUGUUUACCAGUGUCAAAAGAAAUACACGAAGUUUUUAUUAAAUAAGCAAACAAGCCAUUAUGCGUCAAAUACUUAAUAUGGUAACUCUAGAUUUCAAAAAUGGAAAUGAUUAUGAUUUCAUAGUUAU